AUUGCUGCCUUUUUGAAAUCCGUGGGCUGAUGAGGGAAUUGGAUGCUGGACACUGAGGGUGCCUUCAACGCCUAUCGCACCACCGGUACCAAUACCCUCUACACUGUCUCUCACACCGGAGACCUUUCAAGCACCAGCAGAUUCAACACGCAAAUAUUAUAUACAUAUCAUUCUGCGAAAAGGAGUACCGACCCUUCUCAUAUGAUCGCACUCAUGUGCAGGAAUUUGGAAUUGGGCAUACGUCAAUGGCCAACAACAACAUCAUCAGCAACAGCACCACUUCGUCCGAUCCAGUUUCCGUGCCAGUUGGGACUGUUUCUAGUUGCCCUGUUUCGCUUACAACAUCUCGUGGCAUAUCAGUUCAGUCUCCUAGUACUAUCCCUCAGAAUGAUCUGAACCAUAUUCCCAACGAGGAUGGCGAGAAGAGCAAGAUUGAUGACUCCAAAUUCGCACCAAGCGCCAGUACGCACGCACAGACCCAGGAGUCCUUUCACUCCGAUCAGUGGCACACUGUUCCCCGGACAUGGACAUCCAUACCUCGACUGGAUCAGAAUUGCGCUAUCACUGAAUCUUACUCUUUUCCUCCAAGCGCUACGCCUACCCCCUCCCCCAACAGCAAAAGGCUCCAUUCCCGAGCAUUAUCGGACGAUCAUGCACCCUCGCAACCUCCACCAGUGCGGCCGGAGACAGCCCGCCGACUUACUCUGGAAAGCCUCCAACAGCUCAAUUGUGUUGGGCGAGAGCGGGAUGGCUUGUCUGCUUGGUUAAGGGAGGAUCAGAGGGAAGGCGUGUGGGAUAAUAUUGGGUAUGUGCGGGUGCCCAUGGAAUCUCCGAGCGAAGGUUGGGAAAGGAAGGGAGGGAUGUAGGGUGGUUUGAUUUCAAUUGAAUUGAUGGAACUUUGGGGAGGGGGCGGGAAAAAGGGUUGGGUAUUGAAUUGCAUAUCCGGAGACGGUGGGAAUGGACUUAUGGCAUAAGUGGCCAUGUACGG